UUCGUCUCUGCCGCAGCAGCAGGGGGUUGCUUGCGCCAGCCACACAGACGAUCGAAUCCAGACGCUAACAACACCAGCAGCAUCACUUGAGGCCGGUGGAAAGUGGGCAUAGGAGCUGUUAGUGGAUCUCAGGAUCUCAGGCUUCAUUACAAAGGAAAGAAAGGUGAUCUCUUAAGUUUGAAAAGAUUGACGCGGUUGCCUAACCCUAUUUUUUCUCGACGACAGCUCCACAUCCAGUCUCUUCGAUUUUGAUUUUUAGGGUUGAUGCUGUUACAUCGUCACCAAAUUCUAAUAUUUGAUAUCUAAGUCUGUUGAUGAUUUGCGAUCCCCAUAGCAUGCUGAAACGUAUGCAUCUAAUACAAGGAAUCAUUUUGACUGUCUUUUCUCUUGUAUAAUAUAUAUUUUUAAUGGUAUGGCAUUAAGGAAGAUAUUCUGAUCCUUCGUUGGUCGUGUUCAUAAGUAAAAGGAAUAUUUUAUUACUGAAAAGAAAUAAAAGGGAUCAUUUUGCUAGUCUCGCGUAUGAUUGUUUAUGCUGCAAACUUUUCUUUGUCUAGAUCCACUUUAUUUAUUUAUUUUUUGAUUAAUUGUUUCCGCCCAAUGAUAGUAGGUGUAAAUAUCAGGUUUCGCAGUUAGACUAGUUCAUGAUAUUUACAGCUUACUUGGCGAGGCACAUAUAUUGAGUUCCCCUUGGCAACAGCUUCUUCUCAGUUCUUCUACUGGCAAUUCUCUUGGCAAAUAAUUUACUUGAAUUGCUAGCCUCAAGAAGAAAAAAUAUUUGGUUUUGAUGGCUGCUUCCGCCAAGGUUCUUACCAUUGAUAAUUUGACUCAGAAUGGAGAGUGGACAAUUGUUUUACCCCGUCGACAGAAACAGAGAAGAACAAAUUCCAUUAAGACUAGAACUGAAGAAGGACAACCUUGGAUUCCAACUGAUCUAGAAACUGAUCCCCGCAAGCAAUCAAAAUUGAUGCAGAAGAUGGAGACAUCUAUGAGGAGAAUUGAGAACUCGCAAUUUUAUGCUAGUUUCUUGGAACAAAUCCAAUCUUCUGAUAUGUUGGAUCGAUUCCACAAAGUUUUGGGAUCUGACCUGAAGAUGCAGAUGGUAAUAUACGGUAUAGGCAGCAUUGAAUCAUAUGAACCUCCUAGGUUUCAGUUGAGCCUUGCAAUCUUGAUGAAGAGAAAGUUUAGUUGGAUUGGGGACAUAGAGGUGUUUGAUCCAGUUCUUUCUGCUACUGAAUCUUGGGUUUUAGAAGCCCUUGGUUGCACUGUUCUAUCAGUAAAUGAGGAAGGUCGGCGACAGGCUCUGAAGCCUACACUUUUCUUCAUGCCUCAUUGCGAGGCAGAGUUAUACAACAAUCUUCUACAAGCAAACUGGAGAGUGGAUCUCUUGAAUAGAAUUGUUUUGUUUGGGAAUAGCUUUGAGACGUACGAGCAGAAUAUUGUUUACUAUAGAAACUCAUCCAUUAUUAAUUCAGCUAGGCAUGUAAUAGCUGUUCGAAAAUUCUCAGAUGAAUUUAGAAUCAAGACAAUAUCAGACGAUUAUUUUGCAGCUUUUCUUGAUUCUAGUUGGCAUUUUUUCGGUCCUGAUCUUGAGUCAGAACUGCCGUCGAUUAACUAUGAUGGAGAUUAUUUAUUGGAUGGGUGAAAAGAGACUAUUUAUUGAAUAAAAUUACAUUUAUUUACACUGCAA